GGCCAAACAUUUCUUCUUCUUCCUUUUUACCUAGUAGGUCUCCCAGCCCAAGCAUCCGCGCAUUCCUCACCCACUCAUCCGGACCUCCUUCACCUCGGCCGGAACGCUUCCCCGGACGGGAAGGCCUGCCAGGGCGUGGCAGGCCUGGCGAAGCGGCACGCACAUCACGCACACCACCACACACAUCGAAUCUGUGUUUUUGAGACAAGCUUGGGGUCACAUUCGGCCGGAAGAGGCAUGAGCAAAUCUCCUGUCUGCCUAUUUCUUUCCCCCCUCAUUCGCAGGGGUUCUCUGUCAGGUUUGCUUUGGAGGGUAGUGUCAGGAACGCCUCUUGCGUCGUUGGGAAGGGAUGUUUCGUACUUUGGCAGUUUGGGGAGGGGUGGUGGACAGGUAGGCAGGUAUUUUGGCCGUUCUAGAUUCGGCCGGCUGCCUAUGCGCCGGCAGCAUCUCUGCGAAUCUCUUCGUCAACCCCUACGGAUGGAUACCCACGAUUUACAGACUCUGUUACCGAUGUUCCCGCGAUGCGCGAGGGUACCGAUGGACGCCGUGGAUCUGGUCAGCUGUCAUUUAUCACAUUUUGGAAAGAGUUUUUCUGCGGCUGUCAUAUUCCCACGCAAACCCGUAACAAAAAUAAUACCCAAAAUCGAAAACAGCACCUGGGCCGCGGGACUCGGAGGAUCCAUGCCUGAGAUGGAGGGUCAAUCAUAUCCAUCCACAACCAUCGCCUGCCGGACGGGCAAGAAAAGAGUCAGACACAACUACGUUGGAGGUUCGUUCGCAACCUGAGCCAGUAAGGGGACAUUGAGAAUGCACACACCAGCUAGUGACCUCCAAUUCUCCACUAUCGAGAGAUCUCUCAAGGGCGGCGCCGGAUGCCUGUUCGGGGGUUCUCAUCGAACUGGGGUAA